AUGCGCACAUCACUACGCCUCUUCCUCGCCGUCACGCUGCUCGCCACCAGCAGCAGCGCCAGCGCAUUCCCGGGCGCCGACUCGGCACCCCCGCCCGCCAACGACGAGCCCAACACCACCGCUCCUCCAACACCUUACUCGCCCUUCCUACCCGGCUUGAUCCUGGACAACAUCCCCUUCCUCCACCACGCCACACCCGCCGCCGCACCGCCGUCAACCGCACCCACGCCCGCCUCCGCCGAGAGCGACAGCGCCAUCGCCCCGACCACGACGCCGGCGCCAGACUACGAACUCCUCAAGAAGCUGAAGCGCCAAGCCAGCAGCAGCUCCAGCUCGAGCGGCGGCGGCGGCACGACCUGUCCGCAGUCGUACUCGGCCUGCGCGGCGCUCGGCGCGCCGGGCUUGUGCUGCCACCGCGACAGCAACUGCGCCGUCGACCAAGCCGGCCAUGUCGCGUGCUGCCCGUCGGGCGCCGUGUGCACCGGUAGCAUCAGCGCGAGCUCCACCGUGGGCGCUGGCGUCGGCGUCACCACCGUCACUGGUUCGGGUGCCGCGAGCAGCACUAGCCUGAGCUUUGUCCUGCCGAGCACCGCGUCGACGGGGACUGGUGGGGGUUUCAUCAUUGUCGCGAGCACGACGGUAGCGUCGCCGAAUGCAGCGGGCGCGGGGAGGAGGGGCCUGAUUCCGAUCGUGGGGUGGUUCUUGUAG